GCAGCAUGGAAGAGGUCAAGAAAGCAGCGUGUGACUUCAUUGACAAAUAUGCCAGUGAGUUGCAUCAUCUAAGCAAAAGCAUCUGGGAGAAGCCUGAGUUGGCGUACAGGGAACAUCACGCACAUGACGUCAUAGCGGCAUAUCUCGACAAACACUAUUUUACUGUGGAGAAACACUACAAACUCGACACAGCAUUUCGUGCUGAAUUUUCGACCCCAAACUCUAAGGAUGGUCCCCGUGUGGCAGUACUAUGUGAAUAUGAUGCUUUGCCAGGGAUUGGUCAUGCUUGUGGUCACAAUCUUAUUGCAGAGGUGGGCGUGGCAGCUGGAAUUGCCAUAAAACAAGCAAUGACAACAUCUGGACAGGCCCUUUGUGGGCAGCUGUCAGUGAUAGGUACCCCGGCUGAGGAGGGUCGCUGUGGUAAACACGACUUGAUUACAGCGGGAGCCUUCACCUCAGUGGACGUGGCCAUGAUGGCUCACCCCUCACAGUACACACUGGCCCGUCCCAAGUAUACGUCCAUGAUUCCUGUGACUAUCAAGUUCAGUGGUCAGGCAGCCCAUUCAGCCUCUCACCCCUGGGAGGGCCUCAAUGCUCUGGACGCAGCGGUCAUGUGCUACAACAGUAUAUCGUGUCUCCGGCAGCAAAUGAAACCAACAUGGAGAGUUCACGGGGUAAUCCGUAAUGGAGGGGCGGAGCCUAACAUUAUACCCGAGGAAACGGAGAUGGAAUUUUUUCUGAGAACACCAUCAGAAGCUGAACUGGAAAUCCUCAAGAAGAAGGUGAUAGAUUGUAUCAAUGGUGCCGCUCUCUGUACCGGGUGUCAGGCAAGCUACACCUUUGCUGAGAAACAUUACCAGGCUCUACUGUCCAAUAACACAAUGGCUGAAUUAUUUGAGGAGAAUGGGAGACAACUGGGGAUUGAGUUUGACCAGAGGGAGGAGAUACGCACUAAGUUUGGUGGUUCUACAGACAUGGGCAAUGUCUCUCAUGUGGUGCCCAGUAUCCACCCCAAAUUCUACAUAGGAACCACCGUUAGUAAUCACUCCAAAGGGUUUACAACUGCAGCAGGAGCAGAUAUCGCCCAGAGUUACAGCCUGGCCGUGGCUAAAUCCUUGGCAAUGACGGCUAUAGACAUAAUGUCCAAACCAGGACUGAUGGCUAAAAUACAGGAGGAUUUCCAUAAAGACUUACAAAGUGUAUCCUAGUCUAACCAGUUACUGAGAAAGUAUGUGAAAUAGACAGUACCCCGAUAUUGUCUGAUUCUAUUUAUAUUAAACCAGAUUUUAUAACAUGAAAAAUACUAUAUAACUGAUAAAUCUUUUCACAAAAAAACGUCUUUGGUUUUUAGUAAAAUGUUUUUAUUAAAACGAUACAAUUAUUUUUAUAAAUGUUCUGCUAGUUUUAUAAAACAUUGAAAAAAAUUGUGAUGAUUUAUACAACAUGAUUUGAAUUUAAGAUUUAUUUAUAUAAAAGUGUAUGUAUAUUUGGACAAACAUGAGGAUACACUUACUGAUUUUAAAGAAUGUGAAAUGGUUAACUACAGUGUUGGUCUGAUUAAAAACCCAUUAAGUUAAAAAAAAUUAAUGAAUACCCAGAAACCAGUCUGUUGUUUUUUUUUAAUUUAAAAAAUCUGUUUUCAAAUUUGUAUUAUAAUUGUGUAAGAAUUUAUCCAUGUUGUUUUAACUAUCUUGUACCAAAAAGAACGAAAUGUACUAGCAAUGCAGAAGUAAAUUCAGUUUUACUUUUCUGUCAUCACAUGUUUCUAUAUAGGGAAGAUCAGAACUCAUUAUGGGUCAUCAACAUGUUUAUUUAAACUUUAAAAAUUCAGAAUGUGAGCGUGCAUGAUGGUUUGUUUCAAACUUGUGACUUUAAGAAUGAACAUAUAAAUAAGCUGAUCAGUUAGAUAACAUUGUGGAUGAUGCCUUAUCUCAUAGAUCUUUUUCUUUUUUUCAUCUAUUUAUAUUCCAAAUAUAGAUUAAAUUGUAAUAUCUCAAUAUGGCAUGGUAUGUUGGAGAUGGAUUGAUAAAAUGGCUUGUUGUCAGAUCUGAUUCUGCAUAUAUUCAUGAGAUUAUUCAAUAAGCUAUUUAUUCUACAAACAGAAGUAAUUGAUUUACGUUGAUUGUUAGUGAAUAAAAAAAACAAUGAAUUUGA